GGCUGCUGAGAGGAGAAGCUGUAGAAGCACUAGAGAGAGAAAGCAAGAGAGUAGCGACUAUAUGAGCUAAAGUAGGAGUGAGAGUAGAUUAAGAUAAGAAGGAAAAGAAGGGGGAAAGCAGGUGGUCGUCUGUAUCUACAGCUUGCUGCCGCAAGUGAGCCCUCUUUGUUUGGCCAUUCCUGAUAUGACCCUUUUUAAGAGUGAACAUCACAGCCCACAAUAUAUGAGCAUGACCGGGGAGCUGAAAUCGAGCCGCUCAAAGAUGGGGGGAGCCAAGAGGCCGAGCAGCGCUGUGUACGGAUCGGAGCAUGAGCUGGACUACGACUGCUAUCAGGAGGAUCUGUAUGACAGGGUGUAUGACUAUCAGCGUGUCCCAUCGGCGGCACCCCCGCUGGCUCACAGCUCCAGCCUGGCCAAGAGAGCCCGCUCGUCCUCCUCCAGGCAGAGACGUAGCCGAGAGCACUCGUCCUCCAAGAGCUCCAGACCCCACUCAUCCAGCAGAGCCAAGUUGAAAAUGGAGGAGCUGCAGACUAUAAAGCGAGAGUUGACACUGAUAAAGGUUCAGAUCGAUGGGCUGUUGGACAGUCUGGACAGGAUGGACAGACAAAGGCAGGAGCACACAGGUUCACCCUUUUCUCAGGGUGGAAGUUUGGGAGGGUCACCAUACCACCCAUCAGUCAGCAGUCGAGAGGGCUCACCUAGAAGCCCCAGUCCCCGUCCUCGCCGGGGCCAGAGAGACAGUCCUGAGCUGGGGGAGGCCAGUGACGAUGAUUCACACAUGAUGAAUCAUCACAACUCUGACUUGGAGGAUGAAAUGUAAAGAGGCACUGCUCAGACUGGAUUGCUGAGUGAUGUAGCAAGGUGAAAGAGCGCCAAACGCAGAAGACGAGCACACAGAAGAGCACAUUUAUAUCCAGACCAAGAAUUCCCAGGAUGUCCCCUGCAACAUAGUUUAAAAAGCCAGUGCCUCCCACUAAGCAACUUGUUGGAAGUUUUGAGAGUUUAUGUUUAUUUGCCCCCUAGUAGUCCAAAGGGUAUGUUACAGUCCCCUAUUUUGGGUCAUUUUGGGUCAGGUGUCAUCACAGUAUGCCUAUAUGCAGUAAUGUCAUUUAAAUUUGAAUGCUUUCGGUCUUUUUUUACACGUAUAUGGUACUAUGUAUAGGCAAACCAUCAAAAAGGUUCUACCAAUUAGAGUACAUCUUAAUAAAUAAGCUUUAUAUUAGUCUAAUCAUUUAAAGUGUUAAACUUUUAUGUAAUACCCGUAACAGUUAUUCACAUGUUGCAGGUCUAAACAACAUCAUGGCAUUCAUGUAUACAUUUCAGAGUGCAAAAAUAUAUACAUACAUAAUAUAUAAUAUAUAAGUGUAAUCAUAAAGACAAAUGAGCUUUUUUGAGUAUGACUAAAUCACAUUUUAAAGGUUGGUUAAAGGCCUUAUCAUUCUGUUGAGGAACAGUAAUUAAAUUGAGCCGCUAGAUUUGGACAGGAAAUAGUGUCCACAGGCAGCGUAAUACCUGUAUAUCUGCUGUCACAAAGCACUGAAUGAGGGCCACAUUUAAACUACAAUGAUUUUUUUCUUUUCUAGUCCUUAGAUAUAUGUGCUAACUUUGGAGAUAAUGUCAUUCCCCUAACCCAGCUUUUGUGCAGAUCUUUGUCAUUUUAAAUGGUGAUUUAAGCCUGUCAGUCAAAGAUGUUUUAAAGUCCUCUUAUAAUAACCAGUGCUAUUCAUGAGUUUUAUUUGUCUGUCAGGUUGCUCAAUUCUAGAUGUCACAUUUGCCAUUAGCCAUAAUUGAUCUCAACAUGCAAUAUCUUGAAAGUACCUUAGCCAUAAACAUUAACCUCACCUCAAUACUAAGAUAAUAUCAAAAAGGCCAUUAUGCUUCACUGUGAAAGGUAUAGAUUUCCUGUGUUUUUAUCCCCCAAAGAAUAUAUUGCUCCAUGCUUACCUUUGCAGAGGCAGGACUGCAGACUGUUUUCAUCCUUUUACCAGAGAAAUAUCUCUCUGAAUGAGGCAUAAUAAUGGAUCCUCUUCUGUGUAUAUGGCGCUUCAGCCUGAAAGAAAAGGUCUGGGUCAAUGUGUAAUAUUGUGUAAUAUUGUAAAACUUUGUUUUAUGUGUUUCUUGCUGUCUGAUUUUAUCUUGCAGUUUGUUUAACUGGUUUUUAUUUUUGAAAAAGAGAAGAAAUAAAAGAAAUAUCUGAGACUGUUUCAAUAGAAUUCUAGUGCUAUUUGUUAGACA